UGGACUGGUGGUAUUGGUGAGAGGACUACUAGCGCACUCUAAAAACAGUCCAAGUCGAACUGAAGAUAGCCGACGUGCUGGUACAACUGGUCCGAAUGGUGUUCAUGUCGGUGGAUUGUUUAAAAAGAAGGACCACGUUGUUGUGUCCCCAAGUGGUUUAUUGUAGUGCUGAUAGUAAUCCGUGAUCUAAAUAAAUAGUAACGUGCCAUAUGUAUAAUAAUGUCCGAAAGUGUAAAACGUGUGCCGACACAGAGCCUGGAAUUACCGGGUUCUUUGGGUAACGCUAAUAAGAAAGAGAAAAAAAGAGAAAAGGGCAAACAGCUCGCGCCCUCCUUCCGCUUAGAGCUCUCUCUGGAUGACAAGAACGAGACGGCAUACGCCGAGUUUAACUACACUCAUCUCCUUAAAACAGCUGAGAAAAAGAGAAGCAAGGAAAACAAAAAUACCAAUGGGCAGGAUCCAUUUGAUGAUGAUGAUGAUGAUGAUGAGGAGAAGAUGACCGAGAUUGCUAAAAAAUUUGAAGCUAAAUAUGGUACGACGAAUUCGUUGAAAAAUAAAAAGAAAAAGUAUUAUGAUGAUGUAGAUCUUGGAGCUGGUUAUGAUGAAAAUGAUUCUUUUAUCGAUAAUACAGACGCUUACGAUGAAGUUGUUCCUCUUGGAGUUACAACAGCGCAUGGAGGUUUUUAUAUCAACAGUGGACCACUAGAAUUUGAUGUCAAAGAAGGAGAGAUUUCUCUGUCACGUACUCUGAAUAAUCUUAACAACGAUGAUUCAAGCAGCAGUGAGAGUAGUGAUGAUGAUGAAGACAGUAAUAGUCCGGUGCCUAAAAGAAGAGACAGCCGAUUACUCAGUUCAUCUGAUGAAGAUGAUGAAGAAAUCGUUGAACCAGCUCCUAAAAAAUCAAAAUUAGAUGAGAAUGGAGAGAAAAAAGUUAAUUAUGAUAAUAUGAUUAAGAAAAAAAAGAAACUUUUAACAGAACAACAGCAACAACCACAACCACAACAGCAAUCUGUAGAUAGUUCAAAUAAACAAAAAAAUGCUGAUGAUAAACGUGAUCAUAUGGAAGUUGAUAUUGCGUCAGACAAUAAUCAAGAUCAGAGAAAAAAAUUAUCCUGUGAUGUUAUUAAGCCAAAAGAUGCUGCGAAAAAAUUUGUUAAAAAACCAAUGGCUAAUGGUUUAGAUGAUAGUAAAAAAUUAGAUAAUGGAAAAAAAUUGUCGGUUAAGGAUAGUAAUAUUGAUGACGCUAUUGAUAGUGUUGUUAAUGAUCGUAAGGUUGAUGAUGAUGACAGUAGAGACACCGAAGACUCCAAUAAGUCACGUUGUGGUGUUGCUGGUACGUCAUCCGAGUGUGAGGAUGGAGAUAAAAUCGAUAAUCGUGUGCCUGAUAAUUUACCCGAGGAAAUUAAAGAUAUUAUUAAUAAAUUAAAAAAGCAUGUGGAGAGUAAUAAGGAUGGAAAAAUGAAAUUUUUUGAUUCUUAUGCCAACGCUGCGAUACUCAGUUUGGAUACAAAAUUAAGGCAAUUGGAUUCGCCAGCAGUUAAGAAUCAGGUUUAUGCCCAUCUCGCGCCUUUUAUGUCGUGCAGUAAAAUAACUUUAACUAAUCGAAUUAAAAAAUUAAGUCUUGCGGAAGCUGAAAAUAAAGUACGAGAACCAACAGAAAGGUUGAAGGGGAUAAUUGAACAAAUGAUGCCAUCAGCUGUCCAGAAGUAUGAAGAAGAAUGUCGUAGGGUGGCUGAAGACAAGAGUUUAGAAGCUUCAUUAUCUGAUGAAGACAGCAGCGAUGGUAAUGAAAAAUCACCCAAGAAGCCAAAUUUCCCUCGCAAACGAUUCCCAUGGAACACUGAAGCCAAGAAAGCAGUUUGCGACAUCGCAACAGCAUGGCAGCAAUAUUACAAAGUCCGAAGACCAAGAAAAGAAAAUAUGGAAUCAUUCGUUUCGGCUUUCAUGGAAAGUAAAAUUUUACCGCUUUGGCCUAAAGGCUGGAUAACGUUAGAAACUUUGUUAAAGUACUCCAAUCCAGAUACAACUGGCAAAAGAAAACCGAAAAAAUCAAAGGAUAAUGUACAAGCAAAUAAUAUUCAGUUAAUUACAAAUAAUUGUUCACCGAGAUUGGAAAAUCCAACAAAUACCAGCAAUUUAAUUCAACAAGAACGUUCUAAGACACCAACAAAUUUAAAAAGUUCUUCUUUAGAAAACAUAAAUUAUACGUCACCAAGUCAAAGUGUUAAAUCAUCAGAAGUUACGACAGCAACUGCAGUAGCAGCUGGAUCAACUGAAAGAAAACAAAGUAAUAAUAGCAGUAAACAUAAAGAUAAAAUACGAGAAAGUUCGACGUCGUCUAGUCAGCAUGAUAACAGUGGAACAGCACCAAUAGCUAAAAUAUCAGUAGUACCCACAUCUCAAUUGAUGGCGCAAAAACCUGCUAAAGCUCAUUCAGAUAAAUUUAAUCCGCUUAAUUUAACUAGUAGUACUGUGUCAAUAACACCUGUCAAUGAUUAUCAGAAAGCAAAUAAGUUAGAUGACAAUAAAAAAGAUGUUGUUUCAAUUACACCAUUUUCAGAUGCUGCUGCACAUGCACCAGAUUUAUCACUUGGAAGAUUAUCUAUUGCUGGAUCUUUUGCAAUGACUAAUAUUCCUGGAUCCAAAUCUUUGACACUUAAACACCGGAUACUUCAUGAUAACGUUGAUAAGAGGAUAGAUGAUCGUGAUAUUAUUGAUUCUGUUGGUAGUGAUACGAAAGAUAAAAAACGUGACCGUUGGGUUGAAGAAAGAUACAAAUCGAGUGACAUUAAAAAACGACGUAAAGAUAUUAAAGCUGUAGAACUUAAUCAACAAUCUUGUUCGAUUAGUAAACAUGAAGUCUCGAGUAUUCUUCAACCUAAAUCAGGACUGUCUCAAGAAGAGAUUGACAGGCAGAUUGAAGAAACAGAAGCUGCUACGAAUUAUCUCAGCCAGAUUAUAAAUGACGAAUCUCGGAGAUCAACAAAUGAGACUAAACGUAAAGAAUCUAGUUUGAUUGAUGACAGCAUGGAAUUUGCCAGCACAUUUCCACCUAGUGAACAGGAUAAAGAUGUACAAAUGGUGAUGCGAUCGUUAAAAGAACUCCAAGAACUUCAAGAGAACAAAUAUUCCCCAAGUAAUUCCCCGUUACAAAAAUCUAAAUCUUCUCAUCAGUAUGUCGGUUUUUCUGAUGAUUACCAUCGACAUUAUCACAAUAAAAAGGAUGAUAAAUUGAACAAAAUACCAAAAGAUGAACCACAGUCAUUUUUUUUGUCACGUGAUUAAUAUUAAUUUAUAUUUUAAUAUUAAUUAACAACAUACGACUGUUGCUGAUGAUGUUGCAUCGACUUUGGACAAUUACUUCCAACUAGUUCCUAACGAUAUAAAUAAAUAAUAAAUUUAUAAGUAUUUUCAAAUUGCCUGACAGCUGUAAAUAUAUAUUUUAAUUAAUAAUAAUGAUAAUUAUUAUUAUUAUUAUUAUUAUUAUUAUUAUUAUUAUUAUUAUUAUUAUUAUUAUUAUUAUCAUUAUUAUUAUUAUUUAGUAAUUAGUAGUGGGUAAACACGUGUACAGAUACAUAAAUUAUGAACAAAAUUAGCGUGUGGUAGGCUUUGUAUAUAAUGCAGAGUGAUAAGGUUUUUAUUAAUGUAAAUUAUAAAAAAAAAAAUUUUUUUAACAAUUUUAUGACUCAAUUUGUGUUUUAAAUUAUUUGAAAUUAAUCUUGUAUUAACAAAAAUUAAUUUUGUUUAAAAAUUGCCAAAGGUCUCGGCAUAUAUUCAUUAACAAUAAUUAUUAUUAUUGAUUUAUUUAAUUUAAUUUAAUAAAACUAUAAAUUUUAGUUUGAAUACUCCGGAAUUUUAAUUUUAUUUUAAUUGUGUGCUGAUAAUUUAAAUAAACAAAUAAAUUUUUUUUUUUUUUUACGAUUACAAGGACAAAACAAAUUAUAAAACAGAGUAUUUAUGUUUAUGUAUGCUUGAGUUUAAUGAGUCUGAUUAUAUUUUCGAGCAAAUGAUACAAAUAAAUAGAUAGAAUGUAUAAAUCUAUAUAAAUAUAUAAAUAAUGUUUUUAAGAGUGAUAUAUGGACCGUCAGAGCUUUAUGAUUUUUUUAUGUUCAUUUAAUAGUUGUAAAAUCUUCGUUGUGACGAUAAACGUAUUGUAAAAUUUGGCAUUCACGUGCCAAUAAGGCGUCUUCAAAUAUAAGUUUUGAAUAUUUUUUACAAUA